AUGGAUGCGAAUGAGGUUGAGAAGAUUUAUUCUUGGAAAAUUGAUUACGAGGCCACGAAGAAUAGUUUAGUUGCUGGGAAGAAGUAUGGGGCUUCACAUUUUGUUUUGUUGUCAGCAAUUUGUGUGCAGAAACCGCUUCUUGAGUUUCAGCGUGCUAAGCUGAAGUUUGAGGCUGAGUUGAUGAAAGAAGCGGAGGAGGAUAAUGGGUUUACGUAUAGUAUUGUUAGGCCAACAGCGUUUUUUAAGAGUUUAGGUGGACAGGUUGAAUUGGUGAAGGAUGGGAAGCCUUAUGUGAUGUUUGGGGAUGGGAAAUUGUGUGCUUGUAAGCCCAUGAGUGAGGCGGAUUUGGCUUCGUUUAUUUCGGAUUGUGUGUUGAGUGAAGAUAAGAUAAACCAGGUUUUGCCGAUUGGUGGACCUGGGAAGGCUUUGACACCAUUAGAGCAAGGAGAGAUGUUAUUUAGGCUUGUUGGAAAAAAACCUAAUUUUAUCAAAGUGCCGAUUGAGGUGAUGGAUUUUGCUAUCGGGGUUCUUGAUUUCCUUGUCAAGAUAUUUCCUGGAAUGGAAGAUGCAGCUGAGUUUGGGAAGAUCGGAAGGUAUUAUGCUGCUGAGAGUAUGUUAAUUUUGGAUCCCGAGACGGGAGAGUACAAUGCUGACAAAACCCCAAGUUAUGGAAAGGACACACUGGAAGAGUUCUUUGAAAGAGUACUUAGAGAAGGGAUGUCUGGUCAGGAAUUGGGGGAGCAAACAAUAUUCUGAAUGCCAUAUGUUUUUGAAGAUUAAAUACUUGUCUACUUAUGUAAGUUGCAAGUCAGUGUCUUCCAAGGUAUGAGGCUUUCUAAUUUGAUACUGGUAAUGUAAAAAGUGAGCAUAUUUGAAUGUAUAUCCUGUACCCGGCAAAUAAUUAUGCGCUUGCCUUGCUUCCAUAGUUGCUGCAAAUAUUUCAGAAAAGUUUUACUUGGUUUAGAUCACUAUCAAAUUAUAGCUGAGAGUUUUAGUUGCAUUCAAAUAUUUUUUCAUUUA